AUGCUUAAUUUGCAAUUAGAAGUCGAUGAAGACUGCAAACAUCUACUCACAUUGAAUACACACAGAGGACUGUAUCGUGUAAAUAGAAUGGUUUAUGGAAUUGCAUCAGCUCCAGCUAUCUGGCAAUGGGUUCUGGAACAAAUUUUGCAAGGAUUGCCUAAAGUGGCAUGUAUAUUAGAUGACAUGAUCAUCACUGGAUCAAAUGAUGAAGAUCACCUCAAGAAUGUGGGAAACGUCUUAAAGAGAUUAAAAGAAUAUGGGGUGAGACUGAAUUUAACAAAAUGCGAAUUUAUGAAAGAUCGUAUAACUUUCUUUGGCCAUGGUAUUGAUUGUAACGGACAACAUAUGACAGAGAAACUUGUCAAAGCAAUUGUGGAUGCACCGCGUCCUGAAAAUGUAUCAAGUCCGAGCAUUCACUGGUAUGAUUAA